AAAAUCCCAUUCUAACUCUGGUAACUAUGGCUCAUGACUUCUGCCGAACAACCAGCGCCAUUAUCCUUUCAAGUGCAGCUUAGAUCAUGAGGAGAAAUGCAGGCACUAAGAGAGGCUAGCCAAAUGUAAGCCCCAAAUGUAAGCAUUACAUCUCGGAUGGAAAGGUAACCUGGCAUUCGGGCACCAAGGAAUACCACAAAGUCACAGCACACAACAAACUUCACAUAAGAGAAUUUAUUGGGAGGGAAAAACCAAGAGGGUGAUUGCCUCUGCUUAGGCAAGAAACAGCAGAGAACUGAGCAGAAGGCAGGGUUUAUAUAGAGUAUCUUCGGGGCAGGAUAGAGGGGUGGACCUCUUCAGGGUGAAGCUUCCUAGGGUUGGGAUUGAUGGGAUUUCAUGUCCAGAGCUUGGGCUUUUUAUUCUGUAGGGUGGGGGCUGGAUGUAGCUGUUAGGACAGAGUGUUCUGAGGGUGGAACUUGACAGUUGGAGGUCCUCAGGAGGAGCCUGGACACUCUUGUGUCUCAGUUCUAAGAACAGGUGGAAUUGGCUAUGGAUAAUUCAUACAAUUUCAAUGAACAAGGCUCAUGGAAUGGAAUCUCAUCCGAAAAGAAAAAGAAUUUCCUUGCAUCAGAAGAUCAUGGACAGAAAAUUUUAAGUGUUCUACAGAGUUUUAGGGAACAGAAUGUCUUUUAUGAUUUCAAAAUAAUAAUGAAAGAAGAAAUAAUCCCAUGUCAUCGUUGUGUGUUGGCGGCAUGCAGUGACUUUUUCAGGGCCAUGUUUGAAGUAAACAUGAAAGAAAGAGAUGAUGGAAGUGUUACCAUUACUAACUUGUCCUCCAAAGCAGUAAAGGCAUUUCUUGACUACGCCUAUACUGGGAAAGCAAGAAUAACAGAUGAAAAUGUGGAAAUGUUCUUCCAGCUGUCGUCCUUUCUGCAGGUCCCCUUCCUGUCCAAAGUUUGCAGUGACUUUUUAAUAAAAAGCAUCAGUCUCGUCAAUUGUUUGCAUUUGUUAUCUCUGUCAGACAGCUAUGGCUCUACCCAUUUGUUUAGUCACACUUUAUGCUUCGUACAGCGUCACUUUCAUUUGCUAUUUAAAUCCAGAGAGCUUUUAGAGAUGAAUUUUGGAGUGCUACAGAAGUGUCUGGAGUCAGAUGAGUUAAAUGUGCCUGAAGAAGAAAUAGUCCUGAAGGUUGUCAUCACAUGGAUUAAAUACAACUUAGAGUCCAGGAGAAAGCACCUGCCUCACUUGAUUACAAAAGUAAGGUUACAUCAGUUACCCGAGGACACACUUCAAGACUAUCUGCUCAAUGAAGAGUGUUUACUCAAAAGCACAAACUGCUUUGACAUAAUUGUGGAUGCCAUUAAGUGUGUGCAAGGUUCUAGUGGCCUCUUCCCUGAUGCUCGACCAUCCACAACUGAAAAAUAUAUAUUCAUCCAUAAAACUGAGGAAAAUGGAGAAAAUCAAUAUACAUUUUGCUAUAAUAUUAAAACUGACUCAUGGAAAAUACUGCCACAAUCACAUCUUAUUGAUUUGCCAGGAUCUAGUCUGUCUAGCUAUGGAGAGAAAAUAUUCUUAACAGGUGGUUGUAAAGGGAAGUGCUGUAGGAAGGUUCGACUUCAUAUUGCUGAGUCUUACCAUGAUGCCACUGACCAGACCUGGUGCUACUGUCCAGUCAAAAAUGAGUUUUUCUUGGUUUCAACUAUGAAAACCCCGAGAACCAUGCAUACAUCAGUCAUGGCUCUCAAUCGAUUAUUUGUUAUAGGUGGAAAGACUAGAGGAUCCCAGGACAUUAAAAGUCUCUUAGAUGUUGAAUCUUAUGAUCCACUAUCCAAAGAGUGGACAUCGGUUAGCCCUUUACCCAGAGGCAUCUAUUACCCAGAAGCCAGUGCAUGCCAGAAUGUCAUUUAUGUUCUUGGAUCUGAGGUAGAGAUUGCAGAUUCAUUUAACCCAUCCCUUGAUUGUUUUUUUAAAUACAAUGCUACAACUGACCAGUGGUCUGAACUAGUAGCAGAGUUUGGGCAGUUCUUUCAUGCUACUCUAAUUAAAGCUGUUCCAGUAAACUGCACCCUGUAUAUAUGUGAUCUUUCCACCUAUAAGGUGUAUAGUUUUUGUCCUGAUACUUGUGUUUGGAAAGGAGAAGGCUCUUUUGAAUGUGCAGGCUUUAAUGCGGGUGCAAUUGGGAUUGAGGAUAAGAUUUACAUAUUAGGUGGAGAUUAUGCACCAGAUGAGAUCACAGAUGAGGUGCAGGUUUACCACAGCAGCAGGUCAGAGUGGGAAGAGGUGUCACCCAUGCCAAGAGCCUUAACUGAAUUUUACUGCCAAGUUAUUCAGUUCAACAAAUAUAGGGACCCAUGGUUUUCUAAUCAUUUCUAAAAAUAAUAUUUGCAUGAGUGGUCUAAAAUGAUGUCUAGUAGAAUUAGUAAAAAAAGUAUUUAUCUUACUUAGCACAAUAAAAUAUUCCUUCCAUUGAAGAAUGACUAGAGAUGUAUGCUGUCUAUAAAGUAGACAGUUACCAGAAAGUUAAAAUACAAAAUACAUUUUACCAAAGUUACAUUGAAUGUAAUUUAAUAUUGAAUAGUUCAGAAUACUUAGUAUUUUCUUAUGUAAGUAAAAAUUAUAGGUUUUGACCCUUCGACUUUAAGGUAAAGUCAAAAAAGGUAAAAUCAGUGUUCAUAAAUGUGUACCAUGUAGAAGGGAGAACUCUCUUGAGGAAGGGAAAAUGGCCUAUAUACUGUCACAUUGUGUGACAUGAAGAUAAAUUAGAAAUAGGUGAGACGCUCACAUUGAACAUUGUAGGUCUAAGAAUUGUUGAAUCCCUAUCCUUUUCUGCCUGCUACUUAAAUGAUUUCAUUUUACCUUUGUUGUGGUCAGUAACUUUCUAAAAUACAUUUCUUCACCCUUCUGGUCAAUAUACUAAGAAGAGUUUGGCUUUAUUAUGGUAUAUGAUAUUAUGUACAUGUAAUAUGUAUUUGUUAUUAAGAGCAUAUUUGAGCAGUUUAUAGUGCUAAGCCAUUGCAAUUAAUAUUUUUUUUACUUGCUGGUUUAUUUGUUUUUAGUAUUGUGAGACUGAGCUUUUAAUAACAUGAUAGCUUUCAUUUUUUGGUUCAAAUUUAGUAAAUUUACAUUUUUAUUUAAUUAUCAUCAUAAAUUGCACCACGCU